CUGCUAUCCAAGCAGCUUCAGCACCUUUUAUCCACAUUUAGCUACAGUAUUCAAGGCUGAAGAAUUAAGCCAUGCCUCUUCCAGACACGAUGUACUGCGCCCAGCAAAUCAACAUCCCCCCAGAGCUGCCAGACAUCCUCAAAAACUUCACCAAGGCUGCCAUCCGAACACAGCCUCCGGAUCUGCUGCUCUGGUCUGCAGCGUAUUUCACUGCACUGUCUAAGGGAGAACCCCUACCUGUCAAGGACAGGGUGGAAAUGAACAUUGCCACCCAGAAGACCAACACAGGACUAACCCCAAGACUGCUCAAGGUCCUCCACAAGGAGCUGUCCCCUGGGCAGACAUGCUGUAAGGAGAAACUACAGGAGAAGUGGCGGGUUCUAAGUCUGCCCAUGGAUCAGCUGGCAACCCUGCUGUUGCUGGGCAACUUCAGCUCCACCAUCAACUGGAUGGAGUUCUUCGCCCUGAGCUGCUCUUCUCUGGGAGGGAACAUCAAGACGGCUCUGAAGUUUGCCUGUGAGAUCCUGACGGAGGAUGAAGAGGGGGGUCCGGCACGGAUUCCAUUUGACACCUUCGUCAAGCUCUACACCUACCUGGCUCACCUAGAUGGGGAUAUACCACAGGAUCAGAUUGACAGCUUCCUCAGAAACAUGCAAACGCAAGUUGACAAGCAGAACGGCAUGAUUCAGGUUUCCAACUUAAGCUGGAAGCAGGAAUAGGAGAGAGGGAGGCCAACAGAAGAAAGGAAGGAAGGAAUAAAAGGAACAAACUGAUAGUGUUC